AUGGGCGCCACCGUCAGCCGCGCCGACGGCGGACCGCCCGUGUUCGCUGGCCUGGCGACGGGGCCGCACGCAGGAGGGCAGGUCGGGACGGGCGGCGGCAAGGCGCAGGAGCCGCCGUCCAGUGCUCAACAAUCACAGACCUCGAAGUAUUUCAAUCUGCCCUGUCCUGUGAAGUACGAGGAGUUAACCAAAGAGGUCUUCAUGGCCCUUCGACCAGAGACAUUUGAAGGCAUGAAGUUUGAGAUUGCGAAACCUCUCAACCCACAGUUCUUCUUGACGCACAGCAUCGCCAUGGGCAAUCUGGACAUUCCCACACAAAACCCCCGCCAGGUGUACAAGUGCCCAGUGUCGGCAUACGAAUUUGGAGCCACUGUGGUCACAAACAAGCUGCUCAUGGUUGGACGGAUAACAUCUGAGGCGCGGAUGAGUGGCCGAUUUAGGUAUGAAUUCAAUGACUGGAUUAGCCUCAACUGGCAAGCACAGUUGGCCAAUGAGCCAGAGAUGUCACAGCAAAUCUGUGAUAUCAACUUCAAGGGACGAGACUGGAAUGGCCUGAUUAAACUUGGGAGCAAUGGUUUCUUUGGUUUGAACUAUCUCCAAAGUGUCACGCCUGGUCUUGCUGCUGGUGGCGAGGUCUUCUACAUGGAUGAGCAGAGGCGAUCAGGAAUCGGACUGGCUGCCAGGCAUGUUGGGGACAAACACAUCGCCACGUGCCAGCUGUCAAACACUGGGCUGAUAUCGCUGUCCUACCUGCACAAAGUGGGAGAGAAGGCAUCCCUUGCUGCAGACCUGCUGUACAACUGGAACGUUCGGGAGGCAACUGCUACAGUGGGGUAUGACUACAUUUUCCAACGGGCAAGGGUGAGGGGCCGGAUCGACUCAAAUGGCUUGAUUGGUGCAUUCCUCGAAGAGCGCCUAAACCCAGGGGUCACUUUCAUUUUGUCAGGUGAGGUGGACCAUUGGAAAAAGGACUACAAAUUUGGUUUUGGUUUGCAAUUAGGGGAGUAG